UCGCGAUGGCCGCGAGCGGGCGGAGCUACGAGGCUCAGAUCCGGAAUUACCGAGGGCCAGACCCGCUGGAGCCCUGGGACAGGUACGCUCAGUGGGCAGAGGGAUGUCUCCCGCUCCAGGAGAAGCAAUCCCUGUGGCCCAGGCUCCUGGAGGACCUGGUGAAGAUGUUCCUGGGCGACACGAGGUACCAGCAGGACCCGCGGUUCAUCAAGUACUGCGUCAAGCUGGCAGAGUUCAUCUCUUCCCCUGGCCAGUACUUUGAGUACCUGCACAGGCAGGGAGUCGGAGCAAAGUCCUCGGAUUUCUACGUGGCUUGGGCUCAGCAGCUGGCGAGCGAAGGCAACGUGCAGGGAGCAGGGGCUGUGCUCCAGAAAGGGCUCCACAACCAGGCCCAGCCCCAGGAGAACCUGCAGCAGCUCCACUGCUGGUUGCAGAGUUCUGAUCCUUGGAGUCAUCCCUUGCAAGGUGCUGCUGUUGUAAAACCACUCCAGACUUCCAAUGCUGUGAAUCUAAUGGCUCCUCAAAAAGAGGAGUCAAAUGUUAACCCCUGCAAAAACCAGGGUCCUGAUGCUGCUGGUCCCCAGCCCUGUGCUGCUGGAAAAGAAGAAGUGUACAUCACCUACAUCUCCAAAUCCGAGGUCCUUCCCAAGCCCCCUUCUGCUGGCGCUGCUGGGUGCGAGCAGGUCCCGAUGUACGACAAGAACCUGCUGCUGUGCGAGGGCUCCGAGCUCUCCUUCGAGGAGCUGAGAGCCCAGAGAUACUUCAGGAGAUACGAGCGCCUCAGGAGGCAGCAGGAACUGGAGGAAGAGGAGAGAGACUCCCUGAGGAAAAAGGAGUCGGCUAUGCUGGAACUCCAGGCCCUGCAGAAGAAGCUGGAAGAGCUCACCCAGCUCAGCAAAAGCCUGGAGGAAACCAGGCUGGAACCAGCAGCUGAAGCAAUCCAGAGGGUGGUGCCCCCAUGUGCCAGGCCCAGCACACCCCUGCCAGGGAACUGUAUGGCAGCUGGUCCAGCCCCAGAUGUGCCCAAGGGGCCAGAGCAGCCCCAGCCCAGUGUUUGCCCAGCCCCUGCUCCCACCCUACUGCCAGCAAAGCCCCUCGGCCACCGGCUCACAUCGGGCUCCCUGUGGGAAGGGAGGGAGGAGAAGGACACAGCCAGAGCUCAGCCAGAGCUUGGGGAGCUCCAGAAGAGUUCGCUACACCCUCCCUUCAGUGCUGUCUCAGCUCAGGAACGGGCACAGCCCCACUCAGCUCUGCAACAGCACCUCAACAAGAGAUCCACUGGAUUAACUCCUGCUGUGGAUGUGAAGGAAGCCUCCAGAGGUGGAAAUUGUUCCUUUGCCUCUGGCAAUGUUUCCCAGGCCACCCCGAACACCUCUCUGGGAGGAGGGACGCAGGCGACGCCCUUCAAGGUGCAGCCGUCGCCCACCGUGCACACCAAGGAAGCCUUGGGCUUUCUCAUGGACAUGUUUCAAACACCCAUCUUGCCUGAACCCCUGGAAAACAGCACCGAAGAACUGGAAGCCUUUUUCAGGAAAAAUGAACCUGAUGGCUGUUUGAAAACUAACAUUGUUGUCCCUGUCACUCCUGCGUUUUCCAUCUUUCAGGAUGACAGUGAAAAGGAGAACAGCAGGAUCCCACAGCACAAGAACAAGGCAGAGGAGCCCAAAAGUCUUGGACAACGUCCCUUGACCGACUGUGCAGCAGAAGAAGAAGUGGGGACCACGGAAUUCCUGAGGGAUGAUUACACAGUGUGGAAUGUCCAGUGCAGCAACAAAACCUUGGCUGCCAGUCCAAACAACACCAGAGACUUUGCACGAGCUGCCCAGCUCGUCUCAACACCCUUUAGUUACCUGGCAGCCUGUUCCCUACAGCCUGUGGAGGGCAGAGCCUGCGGGGAUGACCUGCUACAAAUGGACCUGGAGUUUCCUGGAGAAGGGCACAAACAGACAAAACCCCAAAAAUUAAGCCCUGCUCUCGAACAUGCCACGGGACAGAGGGAGCUUCAAGGAAACCUCCUGAAACACGGGAAUGGGAUUCAGGGAAUUGUGGCAACCGCUUCCCAACGGUUCCAGGAGCAGAGCGCCACGAGCAGAGCUGAACCUUCCUGUGCUGGGCUGGACAGAAUUUCCCAGGAGAAGCUGCGUGGAGGGGGCGCAGCCCGGAGCGUGAGAGCUGCAGUCCUUGUGGAGAACCCUUGGGAUAAGGAAUUGAUUGCCAGGUUCUUGUCGGAGCUUCCCAAACCUCUCCACACCUACACCAACUACUUUGAGUGGAAAUUUGCUCUUCCACUGAUCGUGCUGAAGGCUGAGCUCCCACUGGGUUCCAGCUCAUUCCAUGUGGAUUGCUUGGUCGGAGAGGGAGCUUUUGCCCAAGUCUAUCAAGCUUCCCUCCUGGAUGCCAGUAACCCUCGGAACAAUCAGAAAGUCAUGUUCAAGGUCCAGAAACCUGCCAACCCAUGGGAGUUCUACAUCACAAACCAGCUGGUGGAAAGGCUCGACCCCAGCCUGCACCACCUCUACGCCCACUUUUACUCUGGUCAUUUCUUCCAAAAUGGGAGCAUUUUGGUGGGUGAACUCCACAACUACGGAACGUUGCUGAACGCCAUAAACCUUUACAAGAAGGUCCCCGAGAAGGUGAUGCCUCAAGCCCUCGUGAUCUACUUUGCCGUGAAAAUCCUUCAUAUGGUGGAGGAGCUGCACAGCUGCCACAUUGUUCACGGGGACAUCAAACCCGACAACUUCAUCCUGGGAGAAAGGUUCCUGGACAACGACACCUGCGACAUAGAUGGUCUCUCUCACGGCUUGACCCUCAUUGACUUCGGCCAGAGCAUUGACAUGACGCUCUUCCCCGAGAGAACGGCGUUCACCGCCCGGUGUGAAACCUCUGGGUUCCAGUGCAUCGAGAUGCUGACACAGAAACCGUGGAACUACCAGACAGACUACUUUGGCAUUGCAGCCACGGUUUACUGCAUGAUCUUCGGGAUCUACAUGCGAGUGAAGAAUGAAAACGGGGUCUGGAAGCCUGAGGGAACCUUCAAGAGGCUUGCCAACGCUGAGCUGUGGAAGGAGUUCUUUGAGACCCUGCUGAACAUCCCCAGCUGCCACAGCCUGCCCUCGCUCAGAGCCCUGCGCCAGAAGAUGGAGGACUUAUUUUGCAAGUCCUACAAAAAGGAAAUAAAGUUCCUUCGGAACAGACUCGUUGUGUUGCUCAUCGAAAACAAGCGCUCACGAAAAUAAGUGUUUUCUUUUGCACAGUUAUCAAGGGCUCGGUGUUUUAUGGCCGUGAGAUGUUUCUGUGAUGACUUGAUUUUAAAUAAAUGGU